CCCACCUCUUAGUCUUACACUUACCUCUCCUUUUUCCAAAAUUUUAUUUUUCUAUCCCGAUCACUUAUUAUUUAUUUCAAUUAUCUCUCCUAGUUCAUUUUUGAUGGCGGAGCUUGAUCACUUUCAAAGACAUAAUAAAUCCAUCAACAAUAAUAUUAUCAUUAACAAUCAUGAUAAUAAUACACCAACACGCUUAAAAUUAUUCGGGAUCAACGUAUCAUCUAGUUUUGAAUUAGAUCAGUUUGAGGAGGUUGAGUCUUCGACUUCACCUCCUUCAAAGUCGUCCACCACCACCGGAGUCAGGGGAUCAUCCCCUGAGUCCGGAGGUGGUGAAGGCGGAUUUUCUCCAUCUACAAUCGGAGAUAUCUCGAGGAAAUACGAGUGUCAGUAUUGUUGUCGAGAAUUCGCCAACUCGCAAGCGUUGGGUGGUCAUCAGAAUGCCCACAAGAAAGAGCGGCAACAGCUAAAGCGCGCUCAAAUGCAGGCUACUCGAAACGCUGCGGCUGCUGCUGCUGCCGCAGUUUCCUACGUUCGAAAUCCCAUUAUUUCCGCUUUUGCCCCUCCCCCUCACCUCCUUCCGGCAUCCGCCUGUGGGGCCCCUGCAGUCAUGGUUGCGGGUCCACAGUUUACGUCAUCGUCGCCGCCUGGUUGUUCUUCCUCUUGGGUGUACAUGCCACGUGCUUCCAUGCCUCCUCUCCACGUGUCGCACGGGUGUGUGUUCCCAUCUUCAGGAUCCAACGGGGGGAGUUUAGCUCCGCCGAGGGGUGCACCGGGGCUAUCGUAUGAUGGCAGUGUAGUAGAUUUCAGUACGACGUCGUUGCCUAGGCAGAAUAUGAGUAAGGUUGACGCGCCUUCUUUGAGUAGGUUUAGCGGGCCUGGGUUUGAUGAUGGUGUCGGGCUUGACUUACACCUCAGCCUUGCUCCUGCUGGUCCGUGAUUAGUGGAAUCCGAGCAUGAAAUGAAAUUAAACAAUUUGUAGCAAUUUCUUUUAAAGUUUAGAGAUUUAGGCGGAGAUGUGACUUUGUGAACUAGCUUCGUAAUUGUCCCAUCAUUUCUUCGAGCACCAACUGUGUUAUGGGUUAUGUGACAAACUUAUCUCAGAUUUAGCUCGGAUUGUAAUCCAAAUGUUAGAUGUUAUUCCACUUUUAGAAGUUGGAUCAUUGUAUAUUUUUCUUUUACAACUUUAAAUAUAUUUAUUAAUUUUUUUCAGUUAUCAAACAUAUUUCUAAAUUAAGAGGAAUGAGAAUGAUCGACUCCUUUUUUCGCUAUAAGAAUAAUCAAUUUUAUUAAUACUUCACAAUUUGUAUUCUACGGAGUAAUAAGUUUAAGUUGUUGUACGUAUAUCAUUGUAGCAGUGGAGUUGUAACCGUAUAAUUGACAUAAUUUCAUAUAUUGCUCGUUCGUACGCCAA